UUGGAGAAUAGGCGAGCCCAUUUGAUAAUUUGCCAUAAAUUAGUUUGCUUUAAAGCAAUGGAUAGAAGAGUGGAGUGUGGGAAAACAAACAACGUUUUAGAAUUCUCUUAUGACGAAGGGAAAAUUUUUCUCAACGUGACGGACGCCAUGCUGGAGAAUUGUGCUAAUUGCCAACUUUAUGUCGACGAUUUAAAUGACGGAAUGCACCAAAAGUUGUUGUGCAUGUUGAGGGAGAAUUCGGCUACACCUUCCACCUCGGCCAAACAUGGUAGUGCUCUACCAAAGAAAGCUGGUCCUCGGCAAGCAGCAAAGCGAAUCAAUAAGCCUAGUAAUACCAGCCGAAAAAUGAAGAGAACUGCUGCUAUUGAUACAUCAAUAGCAGAAGGACCGGACUUCUCAAAUUUCUACGGAGAUGAGGAGGACCCAGAUCCUGAUCAAAUCAAUGAAGAUAACGGGGCGAUUGAAGUCACUCGAAUGUUGGAAGAAAUGGAAUCUCCCUCUCGGAAAAAGUUAAAAACAGCAGCAGUCAAAGAUAGUGAAGUGGAGGACAUAUUGGACAACAGAAAUUGGACUGACUCGGAAAUUAAAAUUUUGUUAGACGUCAUGGAAAAAAUGUUGCCGAAAUUUGCUCAACCCAAUUUACCUAAAGCAACUCUCUGGAAAAAAGUAGCAGUGUUGAUGAAAGAUGAGAAAGUUUUAAACCGCAGUGACGGUGACUGUAGCACCAAAUGGCGGAAUAUGAAAGCUCGUUACAAUCAGUUACUACUACUGGCCAGUAUGCCUAAAAAGAAAUCAUCGAAGCCGCCAGUGCCAUGGCCCUACAUGGACAAAAUGAAUCUUCUACUGAAAAAUAAUCCAACCGUUAAGCUUGAACACGUGACAGAAGUGGUAGAUGGUGAAUUGAAAGAAUCUACAUCCAAGUCCAAGGAUGUUACGUCCGUUAUUCAGAAGUCUAAAGGCUCCGCUACCCGACAAAAAAAAGAAGAUUACAAUGAGCGACUUUUGGCUGCGGAAAUAGAGAAAGGCAGCACACUUAAGGAUUUAGUGAGCGCUCAACAAGAGAGGACGUUAGUUUUCGGCCGGCUCGCAGCAGCAGUUGAACACCUUGCUCAACAGGCACCCAAAAAGUAAAAAACCAUCGU